AUGGAAUUUGGUAUAGAAGAAUGUGCGGUCCUGUUCAUGAAGAUGCGGAAACUGGUCGAGUCAGAGGGUAUUGUAAUCUCGGGUGAAAGACUGAUUCGAGCAAUGAAUGAUGGUGAUGUGGAUGCUUAUAAAUAGCUAAGGAUGCUUGAAGAAGAUGAAAUCAAACACACCGAGAUGAAAAGAAGAAUUGAGAAGGAAUACUUCCGUCGUGUACGUCGGCAGGAAUAGUGGAGUGGACGAAAGAAAAGCUACAGAUUGUGGAUAGAAAAACGCGCAAAUUGAUCAAAUUGACGACUCUACAUAAUCAUGCUUUGCAUCCGCAGGCUGAUGUUGACAGGAUUUACUUUAAAAGAUCAGAGGGUAGUACAGGAUUAAUGAGUGUUGAGGACUCUGUAAACAGUGAGAUCAAUAAUCUUAGCCAUUAUGUUGAGAGUUGUAACGGCCCCCUGUUGGAGGUGGUGUACAAGGAAAAAAUUCUGAGAUGUUAUGCUAAAACUUGUGAAGCCGUAUCGUUACAGCAAGAAAGAAAAAAUCAGAGUGUUCCGAGAGAAACAACUUCAUGGGUAGUUUCGAAGGAGCACAGCAGAAGUAAGAGAUAAAAAGACAUCGGAGUGGCUGAUUAAAGGCAGACUGAAGAAGGAGACGGACGGUAAGAUUAUGGCAGCACAAGACCAAGCAUUAAGAACUAUGAGUAUCAAGAGGAUAAUCGACAAGCAAGAUGUGUCUGCAAAGUGUAGAAUGUGUGGAGAAGGCGAUGAGACAGUUAGCCAUAUAUUGUAUCGGAAUGCAGGAAACUUGCUUAAAAGCAAUAUCGAUGUUGGAGGCAAGACAAGGUAG